CAACAUUCAAACGCGAACCGACGCUACGCCACGCCACCGAACGACUUCUCGUCGCAACUUAGCUUUGUGUUAAAAUAAUCUAUUACGCUGGUAUUAAACGUGUUUUGUGCGAAUUCCAAGAAUCCUAUAUUACUCAGUUUGAAUUGGUUACAUUACAAAAAUGUCUAACGAGACCAACGAACAGACGUGUCAACUAUUGAACAAUGAAAUAAAAGCGUUACAAUCACAAUGCAAAGAGUUAUGUUACAUUAUAGACAACAUCGAACCUCUGGACAUAAGGACAAUCAAUUCCCACAAUGUUAACGAAAAGAUGUUGUGUAGCAUUGAAAGUCUGGCUAAGCACAUCCAGAACGAAGAAACGCCAAUUAUUACUGAUAGUAAUGUGAACACUAGCACAUUUUUGACUGAACUUAAAGACAAAAUAGUACAAGUGGAAGAGCUUACAGCAUUUACUGCUGGCGCAGUCCAAGACGUUUACAAUGAAAAUAACAGAUUGAAAGCAAGUAUCAAGAUAGUCCAAGAAGCCAAGUCGCGGCCAUGGGCAGGAAGGCGCGCUGUGCAGCCCGACCAUCUGCAGCACGCCAAGCAACGCUUCCGCACCAUGAAGACAGAGCUGCUUGGUCUCAUACAUUCACUCUUCCCUGGGGCUUCUGAUGCCAUUAUGGGAGUUUUAGCAGAACUGAUGAAAGAAAAAAUGGAUCAGACUUCCAGUGGCUACAUCCAGGUGACUCCAGAGAACUAUCAUCUGAUGGAAUUGCUUAAAGACAAGAACAUUACAUCUGCCAACCCAUACAACAAAAUGGAGGUCAAAUUAGCUUUUUAGACUUUUGAGUAUAGGUAGAUUAUAUUCUUGAUUUCAUGAUUAUGACAAGGGUUCCCAAACAUAUUUAGUCUGCUGUAAACAAUAAAAAAAUAGCAUGCUAACCAUGUCUGGGUUAGCUUGCUAUAUGUUUUUUAUUGUUUACAGCUCCAGCUGGGUUAUUUCACCCUUUUGCUGACAAUAUGUCGGCAGGCAUAGGACUGUCAGUGAUUAUAUGAAGGCACUUGCCCUAUGUGUAGGGUAGGGACUAAUUGACUGACUUAUAUAAUAUUGUGUUACUUAGUUAUUAAAUAAACUACAAUUGUCUCAUAGUUAUAUACUCUGAAUAAUGUUUUAUUAUAACAGUAAUAAAAGGCCUCGAAAGCA